GCGCUCUGCCAAAUACAUUCCUCUCUUUGCCUAGUCUGACACCCCACUUGUAACGACAAGUGCGGUUCGAAAACUGGCAUCAGUGAGGAAUCGAACCACGCUGCAUCCGCACAUUAGACAAACACGCUAUCCAUUCGAUCAAAUGACGCCAAACGCUCAGUUCUCGCCUCAAAAGGACUAUUACCUCGAAAAGCGCAAGAAUCAAGAAAUGAUUAAGAGAAUGCGAGCAGAAAGGAAAUUUUUUUCCGAGCUGGAGAACAGAUUGUAUAAAUGGCAUGAGAACGGCCGAGAUGUUUGGCAGAAUGCAAGAAAUGCUUACGAUAAGCAUUAUCUACGACUAGAUAUCGUGCUCUCACACUAUAUAUACAACUCAACGAGUAGAAAGAAUCAACGAAUGGGGGGAUUUCAUGAGAACAGGCUGAUUCGGUGUGUUCGAGAACGCGAGAAAGAGAUUCGCACCAAACAUGUCGUCAACGAUGUCGGUGGCAAAACGCCAUCACAGGACAUGAAGGUGGAUCGAUGGUUUCUAACGCGGUUCUCCAUAGAAAAUGCUUACGGUGGACUUUGUGAAGAGUUCUUCUCGUUGGAUGGUGGUCCAAGCGCAUGGGAAACUCAGACCGGCAAAGGAAAUCCGUUCAUUGCUACGCCAUUGGGAGGAAACACUAACAGGCAGUUGAAAAUCAAUGCACAACGUAUCGGUCCACUAUUUCAAACAGAAUAUCUUGCCAGUGAAGGGCCGACGAUGAGCAGUGUGUUCGAUUUUUGGUGUAUGGUCUGGCAGGAAAACGUAGAGAGAAUUCUAUCUCUCAACUUCCCACAUGAAGAAAGCCUCUAUCCUGCGAUUUAUGAUCCAAGCAAGGAGACUAUACAAUACUGGCCGCUUGAGAUUGGCAAAACUGUCGCGUAUAUGCCCUUCAAGAUCACGUGUGUGGAUACAAGGAUGAUGAUAGCGCCAGGGUUACGAGCUGUCGCUCCCAAUGACAUGGUUUAUCGAGUUACGCAGUUGAGAAUUUCGUACUCGAAUCCUAUCGGAGAUCCCGAACCCGACAGAGAAAUAGUCCAUAUGUGCUACUACAGAUGGCCCGACGGAUGCCUUCCGAUACCAUGGCCAUUGACUACAGCUUCAUAUGCCACUACAGCAAUGAGGAUUAUUGAUAUAGUCGAAAGGGAGCUCACAUCGUCCGCGUCACCUCUUCUGGUUCACUGCCAUGCAGGAUUGGGUCGUACUGGAGUUUUCAUUGCGCUCGAUGUGGCGCUGAGGCAACUUUAUCAGAAUAACACUGUCAACAUCAAGGGCGUGGUCGAAAGACUUCGAGAGAAACGCGCCAGAGCAGUGAUGAACCCAUGGCAGUACGCUUACAUCAACGUUGUCGUGGCGGAAAAGGCCCUCCAAUGUGGAGCAUUAUCAUCAUGUGUAGGGGGACAUAAUGUACGACACCUUAUUGAUCGAAUGUGGACGGAUCUCUUCGACGAAGUUCAUCGUCAAUUUCAAGGCAACAUACUGACAUACACACCGGAAAUGAUGUACACAAGCUGAUUUGAUGUUUCUUGCCAUUUACAGUCGAGUAGA